AUACUGCUAGGAUUUUAUUCUGAUCUACCUGAUUCGAACAGAAUUCUAAUAAACACAGCUUCAGUUGUGGCUACUACAAGGAGGUUCCCUUCGGAUUCCGGUGCCUUUGUCGACUGGUCAGCGACGCCUUCCGCCGUUUCGGGCCGCGGCGACGACCUCUCUCUCGGCUUCAAUGCAUCCUCCGCCGCCGCGCACGGCGGCGCAUCCAUGUGGCCCGUGGCGUCGAGAUCAUUCAACCACAACCUUUCACCCCACCACGACAUCUUCGUGGUGGCGCCCGCGUCGUCGUUCCAUCACCACCACCACAGUGACGCUGUUUUGUCCGAUCCAAACAACAACAGUUCCAACGCAACUGCACUCGGCGUCAACGUCUUCCCUCUCCUCACCGCCACGCCAUGCCUCACUCCCGAGAGCGAGGGCAUAAUGGGAAACAUCAAUAACCACCGCAACAGAAUUCAACUAUGGCAACCACAGGAAUCACCACAGCACCAACACGCCGACGGCGUCUUGGCGGGUAACCACCGUAGCAGAAUUCAGUUAUGGCAAGAGCACGACGAGUCUCCCCCGCCGCAGCAGCAGCAACAACAACACCCGAACGCGCACGUGCAGGAGCGGGAGGGGAGUGGGAGCGGUGCGAGCACGUGCCAGGACUGUGGAAACCAGGCGAAAAAGGAUUGCAGUCACAGGAGGUGCAGGACGUGCUGCAAGAGUAGGGGUUUCGAUUGCGCCACGCACGUGAAGAGCACUUGGGUGCCAGCCGCGCGCCGGAGGGAGCGCCAGCUCAUGGCGGCGACGGCAGCGGUUGGGUCCAGUGGGUCCACUUCCGCCACCAAGAAACCUAGGCUCGUGCCUUCCCAGACCACAACCACUUCGCACACUUCCACGUCUAAUAACACCACCACUCCUCCUAGGAGUUUCGACACUGGUUCGAGCCACCAAGAUGUGAGUUUCAAGGAGUCACUACCUUGCCAAGUGCGUGCACCAGCAGAGUUCAAGUGUGUUCGUGUCACUGCAGUGGAUGAUGGAGAUGAUGAGUAUGCAUAUCAAGCUGUGGUGAAAAUAGGUGGUCACGUGUUCAAAGGGUUUCUCUAUGAUCAAGGGGUUGAAGAUAAAAGUGAGUAUCCUAAUCUAUCUGAAUUGCAUCUCGGUGGUGGUGGAAGUGAUGGUGGUGGUAGAAAUGGGGUUUCUUCUUCAUCUCCAAUGGUGAAUCCUUCUGAUGUCUAUGCAGCUUCUGCUGGAGUGUUACUGGGAGAUUCAUCAAACUAUGGUAAUGCAAUAAAUUAAAGAAACAAACUUAGUUUCAGUAGUAUAAAUGUUUUUAGUGUUGUUUUUAAUCAGAAUAGUUUUAUUUCAAUUUUAUUAUGUGUCAUGAAACAAACUUAGGUUCAGUAGUAUAAAUGUUUUUGGUGUUAUUUUUAA